AUGGCUGAGAUGAGAGCUUGCUUGAAUGCAGUCUACUCCAAGUAUCGUACUAGACCCUCCCCGGAUAUGCGGUCGAGUAUGGAGAUGGAUGAUCAAGUUCUGACAUCCCAUCCUCGAGAUCUGUGCUGCGUACCUUGGGACCUAGAGGCGUGGUUCUCCAGAGUGCCUUCAUCACACGCAGUUGAGGAUCACUGGCAUCUAUUGCUUGGCAAUCGGGCUGGCACAGGUAGAGAAGCUUAG